CACUGUUUCCUUCCACAGGAAACAAAAGGGCGUUGCUUGGUGUGAUAAGCUCUUACAUCCCUGCUGACAGUGUUCUGAAGAGAAUUAUCACUGUCUUGCCAUUUGAUGUACGCAGACUUGAUUUUUGCUCCCAAGAAACGUACUUUUCCCUGCUGACUGUGCAGAUAGAAGAUAAGAAGAGCCUAUUAAAAUGUGGGACGGAGGAAAACUGCUCAUUGCUGCAAUCGUUGUCACUGGUCUUUUCCACAAGGUGACAAAUUUAAAACUGCUGGACAUGGCCCCAGAUGCUGUGGAUGACCUGUACAAUGGAUGCCGUCAAGAGGCCAUGGAGAAGUUUAUCAAUUCAGGCCUGUUAGGACAAGAGCUGAACGCCAGUGCGAGAUUCCAGCAAGCAUGGAGUGCAAAUAACCACUGUCCAAAGCUGAUCCCUGGAGGAACAAAAGACCAUACUGCAGCACUUCUGACAUAUGCCAAUGCAGAUGUGGGUUUUAUAAAGACCUUUGACGCUGCCGUAGAGACAAUGGGCGGAAAUGCAAGCACCUAUGAAAACCAUUUCCAUUUCAAGUCCCUUCACUUCCUGCUCAUGGACUCAAUGUCGCUGCUGAAUCUAAAGAAAUGCGAGACUCUGUAUUUUAUUCACGAAGGUUACACAGCACAAGAGGGCUCAAAGGUGAGAUUUGGAAGCUUCAUUAAAGUCCAUUCAAGCUAUACUAUGCUAAUGGAACUGGAAGAUUGGGACGGGCAAGUCAUCUUUAAUAUCACUACUUGCUUCUUUGUCCACCUGGGAGCGGACAUUUGCAGUGAAGACCAGGACAUGGCACUCAUAUCUCCAACUGAGGUGUUCACUGUGCAGAAAGUAGCUAAAGUGUCUGACAACAUUAAUGACUCUGAAUACACUGUGAUCGUUCUGAACCACUCAGCACGGAACAGCACACACAACUGUUACAUUUCUUCACGGUCCCGGGCUUAUGUCUCCACCCAGUGGCUGGUGUUGGUGCUUGUGGCUUCAUCUCUUUUUUUCUUUGACUGUUGAGAACAAGUGAGAAAUAAUGAGCAGCUCCAACUACACUGAGAGUUGUUGCAACAAAAAACUCUGCUUUGUUUGUACAGAUUUGUAGUCAUGUACAAAUUGAUUUGCUGUGAUGUCUGCAAUUAAGGCGUGACAGGCUUUUGUACGAUCUGCUGCAAAAAUCAUCAUCAUCAUAUCGCUUUUUUUUUUGUAAUUACUGCAACCACAAUUGCUUCCUGCCUAUCAGCAGAAUUAUACUUAUAUCAGUAAGAUAAGGGGAAGUGCAACAAAGGUCGCAUGCAGCUUCAGCUUUUUUAAAUAUGGGAGUUGAGCUUUACAUAAACAAAUAAACUGGUUGAUCAUG